GCCGAUCGAAUGUGACAAAGAAGUAUGACAAUAAAGGAAAGUCAACUCAAUAGUGAGCAACACAAAUGGGUUAUUUCGCAAUCCAACUCUACUAGACAUAUUUAUGCUUUAUCUAAGACAGCCGAACUUGGCGUGGCAGAGCUGGUGAGGACAAUUGGACAGUCUCUUUUUCUCAACAACCAUACGGGACUUGAUUCAAGUACAAAACCCGUUGGGCGUUGGAUGUGUCAUCAGAAGGAAGACUCAGGCUCUCUUUGGUUAGAAAACGUAGUCCGGUUAUUAGGUUCCAAGACGUCACAAGUAGAGUGUUGGUUGUCCACAAGGUUCACCUGCAGAGACAGACAUGGCGUCGUUUACGUUUGUCGUUGGGUUGGCGGUGCUAUUUGGACUGUAUUCCUAUGGUGAAGCAGUCAUGUGCUACCAGUGUGAAGAUUUGGAGGGAGGCAAGUGUGGUAAAAUCUUUACAGCGGCCACUACUGCCACAAAAGUGAACUGCUCUGUUUCGUGUAAGAAAUCACACGGGGGUAUAGGAGCAGGUGGAUAUGCAAUUGUCGGAUACAAAAGAGAAUGCGGGAACUCCACGACUUUUACGUGUAGAGGGGGCUCCGUUGGUAGUAUCCAGGGAUCAGGGGGUGCAUUUGGCGAAGAAUGCUACUGUAAUACCGACUACUGUAAUGGCGCUACGUCACAGUUCAUGAACCCAGGACCGCUGCUUCUCUUGGCUGUAAUAUCCAUGGUUCUGAAUGCUGUUUUUUGCGGCAACUCUUUACUUUGUUGAACUAAUCCUUACAGUAGUUUGCAGAGGUUUCUUGAAGCUUUAUUGAAUGAUCAAGAUGAAAUCUUGUUCUUGUAAAUAGUGUUUUUCUAAUUGUGAUCUUUUUAGUUAAACAAACAAAUGCAGACCAGAGACAAUAUAUCACCCUGCACACUUCAGCCGCUGUGAAAAUGUUUUUAUUUUAAAAGGCUGCUAAAGGAACACUAUUGCCAGCUCGAUGUCACGCGAUCAAACUAUUUUGUAUUCAGUUCGUUUUAAUGUUAGAACAUUAUUUAAGUCUUAUAAAUAAAUAGUGCCAUGAACUCUUUUUAUAGGACACCAUUUGAGAGAAAAGUGUCUCUUUCAACUUCUUGGUCAUACUUUCUUGAGGAUCAAACGCCUUAAAUAAUUUGAUUUCUAACGUUUUGUAUGAAAAUAUUUAAAUGUCAAGUUUGCAACUUAGCAUUCAAUGUGUUCAUUCUCACUAUGCAAAUUUUCCUGUCAUUUACUCAAACGGAUGACAACUUUUCAUUAUGGCAGGAAAAGUGCCAUAAAAAAGAGUGUCUGGGGUAUACGACAUUUUCCCCAUAUUUUCUCAUUGUUAAUGAAUCCGUUUCCAGUGGCGGAUCUAGGGUUAUUUGAAAAGGGUGUCCGCGCAUGCAAAGCGGACCCCCUUUCCCCCCUAGCGUGGGGCUCGGGGCCCGCUGAAAGUGACCGAAAAUUUUGGAAUUUUAGAGAGCGGACUGCGCCAUUUUGUAUGGUGUAGAACUAUGAUUCAGCUAGUCAGAAUUCUAAUUUCAAGAGGGUACCAUUGGUGUGAUUUUUUUUCAGAAAUCGAAGGGGAGUCAGGACCCUCCUGACACCCCCUAAAUCCGCCACUGUGUUUCGAUAUUCAAAUUAAUCAAUUGGUUAUUUUUAAAGUGUAGUUUUUGUAAAAACUUUUAAGAGAGAUUUUUACGGAGGGUAGUCAUCUUUGAAGGUCCACGUGGUCCGAUGACAAGCACAGAUUUCAGAAUAAUUGCGAAAGGAACCGUUUUCGUGGUAAAAUGGAAUUUAGUCUGUGUCUAUGCAUUGUUUACAAUUUAUUCAUUGUGGAACUUUGAAUCUCAUAUGAACAGUUGUUAUCCCUUAAGCCUAUAGAUUACAUUUACACGGGCUCCGUGCGGUGAAAUUGUACAAUUUUUUUCUGAAAUCGUAAGGGGCUGCGGGCUACGCUGAGUAUGUCUACAUUACAUGGCCUUAAAUCCAUACGUUUCCGUGCUAUUUCGCACUGCCACCGUCUACCUCCGCUCAGACUCCAUACGAAAAAGGUAUUACGGGCAGUAUACGCGCACCGUACGGGCCUCGCAAUUUCAAAUGUAAUCUAGAUUUAAAUACAUGUUUAUCUUCAAGUCAAGUACGUCCUAUGUUAUUUAAGGUUUUUUUAUUUCAGAUGAAACUGUUGAUCGCUAUAUAUAUUAUUUAAACGGAUAUUUUAUAUAAAAAAGGAUAUACUAUGGUAGGGCUAUCGUACGAUAGGAAUUUAGAUAGUUCACUGUAUAUGUAUUUUACUUUAUUGAGUACCACUGAAAUAAAUGCUAUGCACAACA